AUGUUUUACUAUUUUACAGCGGCAUUAUCACCACACGCGAAGAUCAGUUCAUUUGCCGAGGCAAAAGCAAUCGAUAAAAUUAAUGAGCGAAUGCCACCUGCCCAGGUUCCAACUCAUCCCAAGGACUGCGUGGCUGCUUUCAUCAAGGCAGCAGAUGACUCUGGAGACAAGAAUGUCAUAACGCCAACGUCUGCUCCUAGAAGUGCGAAGAAGAGCUCGGCAGUGAAGAAAUCCUACUGUUAUGCUGUUGCCCCUGUUGCUCUUCCUCCUCCUCCUCCUCCUGCUGAUGGUGACAACGAUAACGCAUGGAUUGAUUUAAGCACAAGCAUAAAUAUAUGA